AUGCGUGUAAACUUACGCAAAUUUUUAAUUAUCGGCAUAUGUGUAAUAUGUGCUUGGCUUCUGUUUUCAUACACUACUUAUAUACUUUCAUAUUUUUCGGUUCCUAAAGACAGUUCUAAAAAAUCAUUAGUUGAAUUGGAAACUAAACUGGAGAAAUUACAAAAACAGUUAGAUAAUGAUGUGAGUUGGGGUAACAAGUUAUUAAAUAAAAUGAAAAAUCAUUUGAAAAAGCAAAACGAAAAACAAUUUGUGGCUGAACAGGAUAGUAGUAUUGACAUUAAAAGUUUAAAUCCAAUCCUUCCAGUAUUAGUGAUUGCUUGUGACAGAAUAACGGUGAAGCGGUGUUUAGAUAAUUUAGUUAAAUUUAGACCGGAUAAAGAAACUUUCCCAAUUAUAGUUAGUCAGGAUUGCGGUCACAACGCGACGUACCAAAUGAUAAAGUCCUACACAGAUUUGGACCCAACGAUAUCGGUGGUGCAGCAGCCGGACCUCUCAGAAAUACCGCUGACACGAGCGAAAGCUAAAUUCAAAGGGUAUUUUAAAAUUGCGCGCCAUUACCGAUUCGCAUUGAAUUACAUAUUCCGACAUUUGGGACACGAGGCUGUGAUUAUUGUUGAAGAUGAUUUGGAUAUAUCACCGGACUUUUUUGAAUAUUUUCUCGGGACCUAUCCGUUAUUAUUAAGAGAUCCAAGUAUAUGGUGUAUAUCAGCAUGGAACGACAAUGGAAAGAAGGAAUUGAUAGAUAUAAAUCGUCCAGAACUCCUUCAUAGAACUGAUUUCUUCCCGGGACUGGGCUGGAUAUUGAGGAGUGAGACCUGGGACCAGUUGGAAACUAAAUGGCCUGAGGCUUUUUUUGACGACUGGCUCAGGGAUCCGCGGAAUACCGAAGGUCGUUCGUGUAUCAGACCCGAAGUGUCAAGGACUUACUCGUUUGGAAAGGUUGGAGUGAGCAAAGGUCUAUUCUUCGACCUCCACUUGCGAUAUAUGCAGCUUAAUGGCGAAUUUGUCGAAUUCACAAAAUUGAACCUCACUUAUCUCAUCAAAGACGUAUACGACGACAACCUAACAUCACUGGUUGCGUCACUGCCGGAGUCCACAGCCGAGGAUGUGAUAAUGGGCUAUGGGACUGGUCCAGUUCGGGUCUUGUACAGUAACGCUAAGAGUUACCAGCGAGCUGCUAAGAAACUUGGGUUGAUGGACGAUUUUAGGAGCGGAAUACCUCGGACGGCUUACCGUGGUAUUGUGACAUGUUUUAUUAAAGGACGUCGUGUAUAUUUGGCCCCGAGCUAUGAAUGGACAAAAUACGACCCCAAUUGGGGCUAA